CAGUCAACUGAUCUUCAAUCAGUUAUUACAAAAUACCACACAAACCCAGAACUACUUAAGCUCAUAUUGGCCAGCAAAGUAGAGGAAGAUAAACGAAGAACAGAAGAAGCAAAGCUCAAAGCAAAAGAACUUGACUUGUAUCUUAAAAACCAAGAAUUAUCUACGAAAGACAAGAACCAAGGAGAUCGCAGACGCUCUUCAGAAAGUAACAGCAGCAGUACAAGUAGUCUAGGUAGUCCUACCAACAGCACCUUAACAACAAAUGAUACGCUAAUGCAUCGACGCAUUGCGCCUUAUGCUAUCUCGAGACCAGGUGUCAUGUCCCCUCGACGCAAUUCCUCUUCUCUUCUCUCGAUGAACCAAUUAUCAAUCAGUGGACAACCUGAUAUGUUGUCAACAUCAGCACCUAACCCUUCACCUCAAUAUUUAUAUCCUUUGCCAUCCUUAAGUAGUAAUAGUCAAAAUCAUUAUAAAACAACGACACCAAUCAAAGUCUCACGUCGAAGAAAAUCAAUGCAAGCCAUUACAAAAAUUGUUGAAACUACUGAGUUUCCUUAUGAUGAUCAUUACUUUUGGAAGAAUAAUGGCAAUACUGUACAAAAAAAGACUGGUUGUAGAAGUGUGUAUUAUAAAUGUGCUAAUAGCUGUAAGGGUUGUCCUGUCAAUAAAACGGUUGUUGAACAGCCAGACGGAAGCUAUGUAAUCAAAUACAGAGGGGAUCAUAUACCUGAAUGUACCAAAGUAGAACAUAUUAGAGACUUGUAA